UAGGUCGAGAGCCAUGGCGGUCUAUUGUCGUUUGUUGGUAUUGUACUGUAGUGCAAAAGACGAUACGAAAAGUAAGGAGAGAUGAAGGCUGAUCACGAGCACGACGAUAGCAUAAGCCAACCAGAGAUGGUCAAUGGUGACAAUGAGGAUGAUGAUGGGAUGGACGCUUCUCUUUUCGAGAUUAUUCAAAGUCGUGCCGGUCAAGCCCAACCACCAACAAACGAGAAAAUGCCAGAUAAAAGCACAAAUACCGCUGCUAUUGGUUCUGGUACUACCCCAAUUACUCAUCAUGCGAGAACAAUUACCGCAGAAGUGGAUGUGGAUGUGGAUGUGGAUGACGACACUGUCUUGGAUACGCUAUUGGAGAAAGGACGAGUUGUUCAGUGUACUAGCGGUACCAUUUCCAAUACCAGGACGGCGGCCAAUGCCAAUGCCAAUGCUACAAGAGUGGAUACCGGUACCCCCAAAGUGGAAGAGCAAGCACUGGAAACUCCCACAAGAGCGAAUGCGGAUGUGGAUACUAGUACUCGAACACAUAUGCCAACUCUGGAAAGACAAAGACGCCCUCCGCCAGAAAGUCAGCCCGGUGCUUUUGCACUUGGUGGACGUGGUGAAAGCGAGGAACAUCAAGUAGAAGAACCAGUCGAGGUGUACAGCCCGACUUCUACGAAUGAAAGUCAGAGCACCAACAGGAGUCUUAAUGAUGGAUUGGUGGAGGCAAGAGAGGUUGAAGACGAAGAGAACCCGGCACAAACCUUGCCUCAUGCACAAGAGUACCGGUAUAAGGCAGCCGAGAAUGGAUUCCAGCAGUACCGGCCGUUUUUCUGUGGUGUGUUAGUCAUUGUCAUGUUAGCUGUCCUCUUGGGACUCUACUUUGGCGUUCAGAACGGUGAAAACAAAGAAUCCUCCAAACAAGAAGAACAAAGCCUACCGCCAACGGUCAUUCUGACCAACACCCCGACAGCCACUCCAUCAGCAGCUCCCUCUGCAAUUAUGGCUGAUCUCUUUGAAAUUCUGCCAGACUACACACUCGAGAGCCUCAGAAACUUCUCCUCUCCACAAAGCGAAGCAUUACGAUGGCUGGAAAACUAUCCAAAUAUUUCCCAAAUGGAAACCUGGCGCAAAGAACAACUGCUUGCCAUGACCACUUUCUAUCAUGCUAUGAACGGUUCACACUGGGCCCCCCAAGCUGCAAGCACUUGGAUAGAUUAUGAAACAUCCGAGUGUCAAUGGUUCUCUACCGUUGAGGGAUAUGUGAAUGAAGAUGGGACUUGGACAAUCCCAGAGUUCAUCAUUUCAUUUGCACAUAACCAGCUUUCUGAGGAAUUAGGAUACCAGCCUACCCAGUGUGAUGGUGAUGGACGAAUCAAUGCUAUUGCUCUUCUUGGAGCCAUUCAACCGGCAACUGGUGUCAGAGUCCCUCCCGAGAUUGAAUUACUGUCUUCACUGCAAUACUUUGACCUGUCAUUCAACCAACUUCAUACAAACUUGGAAGAUGUCAUGCCACCACAACUGUUUCAGUUGAAAGACUUGGUGGUUCUUGGCCAAAACUUUAAUUUCCUAACUGGAACACUGCCAACUUCCAUUGGAUUGCUCACGAAGCUUGAAAACUUUGAGAUGAUGACAAACAUGCUCAAGGGGACACUUCCAACACAGGUUGCCAUGUUGACAGAUUUGCAAUUUUUGGCAGUCCUAGGCACCCAACUGACUGGCAAUCUCCCCAGUGAACUUGGCUUACUUACCAGCCUUACAAGCCUUGGCGCAGAACAGAACAUGUUCACGGGAACUAUUCCCACAGAAUGGAGGAAUAUGAAGAAGUUGAAACAAAUCUACCUCAGUCGCAACCCAGGUCUGACCAGUUCAAUCCCACCAGAGCUUGGUGAACUGUCAAGUCUCAAUACAUUGAACCUCGAUGGGUGCUCUUUUACAGGAACUUUGCCAUCAGAGCUUUUUCUGUUGACCAGCCUGGGAGCUCUGUAUCUGCAAGCAAACUUGUUGACUGGAGUUCUUCCAACCGACUUGGGGUUGCUGAGCAGUUUAAAAUAUCUUCAUCUGGGGGGAAAUGAAUUGUCGGGCCCUAUCCCUCAUGAAUUGGCCCUGCUGACAAGUUUGAAAGCUCUUGCUCUUGGUGGAGCCUUUCAUACAGGCACAAUUCCAAGGGGGGUUGGCUUGUUGCAGAACCUAACACGACUCAUGCUCACAGACAGUCUCUUGACUGGGAUGAUUCCUUCUGAGAUUGGCUUGCUAUCUUAUUUACAAGUCCUCGAUCUGUCAAACAAUCCCGAUCUAUCUGGACCAAUUCCAUCGGAGAUUGGACUGCUGAGAGAUCUCUUUGAGCUUUUCCUGUCAAACAAUACACACAUGUCUGGCUCGUUACCUUUGGAGCUUGAAGAGUUGGUAUCAGCUUACAAUUUGUCAGAGGUGUACCUGCAAGGCAGCGUCAGCUUGACAGGAGAGAUUCCUGCUGGUGUUUGUUUCUUGCAGAUUCCCAAUUGUUCCUAUCCAUAUGGCUGGUACCAUGCCCCUUGUGUGUUGGAGUUUGAGUGCACUGGAUAUCUCUGUGGAUGUGGCUGCAACUGUACUGAUACUUCUUUUUAGCAACUGCAUCCGGCAAUCGCUCUUGCAAAGUUUGGGGAUCUACUAGCUAUACCGAUAGUCCCUAUUGAGAUUCUGGAUCGUAAUGUACAGGAGCCUUAAUGCAUGCAUAGAUAUAUAUUGUUACAG